AUGGAUGCGCAGAGAGCUCUUCUAGAUGAGCUCAUGGGCUCAGGUGAGGUUUCGAUUGUAUUCUUUCUUCUGUUUGUUCGUUGCGAAUGUUGUCAUCCAUCAGGUGUUUAGAUAUGUUUGGUGGCUUUGGUGAUGGUGUCUGUCAGCUCGUAAUCUGACGGAGGAAGAGAAGAAAGGGUUCAAGGAGGUGUCCUGGGACGACAAAGAGGUGUGUGGCCCUUUCAUGGUCCGCUUCUGUCCGCAUGAUCUGUUCGUGAACACGAAGAGUGAUCUCGGUGGGUUUCUCUGUCCCUUAUAAAAAAUCACGUUCUUCCCUUGAGUUGGCUGCUGUUUUUCUUUAUCGUAUCCGUAGUUUCUGAUGCCCGUGUUUUGUCAGGACCAUGCCCGAAGAUUCAUGACCAGAAGUUGAAAGAGAGGUAACUAAGAAGAUUCCGACCUGCGGUGCAUCAGUAUUGAAUUUUUUCAUUGCUCUCCACUAGACGGUCUUGGAAUAGGCAUCAAUCAUGAGACAUGUUUCCACACAGUUCCUGACUAUUCGCCUUAUUUAUCAGUCGUUGCUGAAAAAAUAAUUCCUUUAAGAGUGAAGAGUGAAUUUAAGAUUACCCUUUUAGCGGUGGCAUCCCACCGUAAUGAGAUAUGGUUAAAAGGGAUUUUUAAUCACUUAAGCGUGCAUUAUUUUGAUGGAAUGAUGUUUCCUGGAUAUUAUCCCAUUCAAUCUCGAUUUUCAUCUUUUUCAUGGAUCGUGUUCAGGGCUAUCAAUGAUCGUUACUUGAAGAUAGCCAAUGCUGAGCUAAACUUUAUUUUAUUUAUCAGUUGUUGGAUGAUAUAUUCUGAAGCAAGUUGUUUUAUUUGCCUCAUUUAGGUGAAAAUUUUAACUGGAUUUCUGGCAUUCUUUGCUAAAAUAAGACUUUCAAAGUUCUUCUGGCUGGUGUUAUGCAAUCCCUCCCCUCGAGGUAACUAAGUUAAAGCUCUCAUCAGAUGUAACAUGUAACUAUGGGAGGUUUAAUUCUUACCCUAGGAAAACUGUGCUUAGUAUGUUUAUGUAAAGUCAGAUUUUUUGAAAGUUAAUCCAACUGUCUGGGCGUCCUACUCUCUGUUGGAGUCCUGACUUAUAGGCAGCAUUUUUGGAUGAUUUACGUUGAAAUGCUCGAUUUAAUUGAAGGGCGUUGUGCCUUAUUAAUGAUAAAUGUAGGCAGCUUCCUAUAGUGCCUUCAAGAGUAUGUUCUCUGCACACUGUAGGGGGAAAUUGAUGUCUCCCAAUAAAGGGGUAUAAAAGGUAAUCAGUCAUAUCAUUAAGAUAAUUGUGCAGAAUGGUAACUAGGAUCAUAAACCAGCAGACAUAAGAUAAUUCCUGCUUUUUGAACCUUUUUUACCGGCUUUAAACUAUGGAGAGUACCCAUAUAUCAUCAAUAAAUCUGAUCAUCCUGGCCUAAGAAUUAUGUUCGCAAUCAUCUUAUUGGUAGCAUUUUGGAGAUGAAUUUUUGUUGCUCUGUAUCCCUUCAACCAUCUUGGGACGCUGUCACAUCGAAAUUUCUUGGUACCAGAGAUGAACCUAAUAUACGUAUUUUUGCUAUCAAAAUGUUGUACUGCCCUUCUUUAAGGAAUCGGUGUACAGUCUGUUUCUGAAGGUAAGUGAAUAUUUAUCUGAUGCAUUGACUAGGUUGUUGGCUGAAGAUUGAGGAUUCUAUAAAAUAUAAACUUAUUGUUUUUUUUUAUCUUAGUUUUACAGAUAAACUCGCUUUUUCUUUCAUUUUGAUGUGGCCGCUCCUGAGGAAGCACCUUCGUGAAAUUUAAUUUUCAAACUGAGCGGGAUCUUUCUUAUUGGUUUGACAUCCUCUUAAAUGUUUGUGUAAUGUUCAUAAUUGAUGGGUGGCCUCUUAUACCAACAAUAAAGUAUUUUAGCACUAAAGAAUUUUGGCGUCUGCAUGGUUUUUCUUAUUUGAGGGGGCCAAGGACCAAAAGGCAACAAGCCGACAUUAAUGUUCAUAGAGUGUUAGGAUCAUGGCUGGAUGUUUCAAAUUUACUUUAACGUCCAUUUAUACCAGGUUACGUUACCAGUUUUCUAAGCUAAUCAUGUCCAUGAUUGAUGGUACCAGUGAUCAGAAUUAAUUCUUCAUUUUUCUCUGUAUGUGGAACCUCAUGAUUGAACCAUGUAAAUGUGUAAAAACUACUCAUGUUCCAGUGUAUAUUUCUCCACACCUCGGGUUGCAUCACACACACUUGCUAAUGAACGGUUGAUGAUGCACAAAUAUUAGUUUUGCUUGUAUUUAUUCGUAUAUCUUAGAUUCUUCCUAAGGCUUAUGCAAGUAAUUCGUAUGCUGCCCCCCAUAUUACAAGGCAAAAAAGUCCUGUGCAUAGAGACUUCAAAUGUGGGGAGGAAGAGACAGCUAAUUGCGGACGAUCUUACUAACGUUUCCUUUCACAAGUAUUUGCAUUAUAUAGUGAAUUUGAUCUCGCAAGGUUGCUCCUCUCCCCUUGCAACCAACGUUUCCAUUUUCUGAUCUUAGGUUCAUUAAACAGGAUAUUUUGUCUGAAGUUUUUGCACGUAUCUAAUCUAGUAUGGCCUGAAACAUGCAUUUCUUAGUCUAGAUGUUUGAUAAAACAUCUUUGUGAAGAAGUUUAAACAAUGAUGCCACAACACAUUGUAGGAAUAACCCAAUUUUUUAUGCCUCAUCUGUAUUUGGCCAAUUUCUGGUUUAUUCCCUAGAAUUUACAUGUAUGAUUGCCCUCUUCUAAUAUAGCUUGUCUUGGGCAUUUUCUUUCUGUUAUUUCAGCUUUGAGAAGUCACCAAGACACGAUGAAUAUGUGCUGAAGUUUGAAGCUGAACUUUCUCAAUUUUGUGAAAGGCUGGUGAGCUUCUCCUUCAGAUUAUGUUCAUCUCUCAGAAGAAAGCCUCUCUAAACACAUGUCCAUUGCAGGUAAUGGAUUUGGACAGAAAGGUUAAGCGUGGGCGGGAGAGGUUAGCACAAGAAGUCACUGUCACGCACGCCCCUGUCUCAACAGAGAAAGCAGAACAGCUAUCCGUUCUGGAGGAGAAGAUAAAGAAGUUGCUGGAACAAGCUGAGAACCUUGGGGAAGCUGGAAAGAUUGAUGAGGCCGAAGCACUCAUGCGGAAGGUUCUGUACCGCUUCGUCAGAUUGUUCCUGUGAUUGUUUUUCUUUGUAUCAUCAUCUCUGAGGGAAGAAAGAGUUGCUAUUUUAAAUGGGCCAUUUUCUUACAGGUGGACGUGUUAAACGCUGAGAAAAACGCUCUGACCCAGCAGUCAACGGGUGACAAAAUGUUGAUGCUUACGCAAGAGAAGAAGAUGGCACUCUGUGAAAUAUGUGGCUCCUUCUUGGUAGCGAACGAUGCUGCUGAGAGAACCCAGGCGCAUGUGACCGGAAAACAACACAUCGGAUAUGGCAUGGUGCGAGAUUUUAUCAGCGAGCAUAAGGUACUCCGCCCUGCCUGGUUAAAGCCCUUAAUGGUAAAAUAUCCGACGCCGUUUUGAGAAGCUAAAACCUUGCUUACAUGAAAUCUCCAGGCCGCAAAGGAGAAAGCAAAAGAGAAGGAGAGGUUAGCCAAGGAGAGGGAAGCGGAGGAGCACAGAAAGCUGAAGGAGAAGGAGAAUGAACACAGGAGUAGGAGGGAUAGGUACCCAGACAGGGACAGGGAUCAUGAGCAUGAUCGGUAUCGAGACAGGGACGAGAGGGAGAGGCACCGUGAGUGGAGAGGGAGCAGCAGGGAUGGAGGGGGGAGCUCAUGGAAGCAGGAUGGUUACAGGAAUGGAAGGGACUACAGCAGAGAGAAGCACCGCAGCCAAUACGGGGACCUCCCUCGAGCAAGGGGCCGGCUGCGAAGCAGGUCGCGCUCCCCAGCCAGGCAUGGCCACAGGAGGGGGUCAAGAAGCCCAGUCUGA